AAGAAGUGAAGCAAAUUAUCCAUGGGCUGUCUGGUGAAUUCAAGAGUGGUGAAUUGGUAGCAGUCCUUGGGCCCUCAGGUAAUUAUGUUUUACUAUUACUCUAAAUGAUCUAAUUGAUGCCCCCUCUCAAAUAUGUGACUUGUCUGGGGCGGAACCAGGGGUGGUUCAGGUGGUUCAUUUAAAACCCCCUAAACUGAAAUUAAUACAUUUAAAAAACAAGAGGUUUCUGACCGAAAACCUACUGAUAUUUUGCCAACAAACACUGUAUUAUAUCUUUUGAAAAAAAAAAAAACACUGUGAUGAAAAGGAGAAAAAAAUAACAUUGAUUGAGGAGAGUCUUUCCUGCUUUUAGACAUUUCAGAUUUAUUUUUGAUAUCGGUCUUGAUUUAUGUAGGAGUAAUUCAUGUUUAAAAUAGCUAAAAAAAAAAUAGGUUGUUUCAAAGGCAUUGUAUCCUUAAAACACUGGAAAUCAUCUUUCCGAGGACCUAAAUUUCAAAAUUUUCCUGGGGAGCAUGCCCACAGACCCCCACUUGGAUGGUCUACCUCAGGAAGACAUUUGUCCAAACCCCCUUGACUAAAUCUUGGAUCCGCCCUAACUUGUCUUACUAACAAUGAUUGUUGGUAACAAUACUUGUCCCCUCUACAAUGUUAAGUUUUUAAUUAGAUGCCCCUCUCUAAUAAAUACCUACUUUCUAUUGGAUGCCUCCAAUGAAAGUUACUCCAAAAUUCUAGUAACUAACAAAAAGAAGCAAAAUCAUUCAUUUUUUUCAGUUUCUUGCUUGUCUAAUACAGGUUUGCACAUUGCAUCUUGUUCAAUAUCAAGUAUAAACAUCUCUUUCUCUUAAAUGCCUCCUAUCUUUUAAAUGCCCCCUCUUGUACCCCUAAAAUGAAAUAAAUGCCUGCAUGGUCAUGUAUUUGAUCAAUUUACAAUUUUUGAAGUUUCAGCCAUCCUUUAUUUGAAUGCUGCAGUAUAAUGUUUUUGUUUUUUAUUUGACUUGAAGAUUGUUUUUGUCUCUGAAAAACCCUACAUUAUGGUUAUAAUUGUCCAGUAUUAAUAAUGACCUUGGUAACAUUACAAUAUGCCGCAAUAAUGUUGUUGUCUAUUUGUUUCCUAGGAGCUGGAAAAUCAACAUUGAUUAAUAUACUUGCUGGAUACAAGUGAGCUCCUUACCUUCUACUUUUGUCAAUAUAUAUUAUUAAGACAGCAAUGUUUUCUGUUUUCUGUUGUGGAAGUUUCGUAAGGGCUGACAUUAAGAGGCAGGGGUCAUGAUUUUUCCCUAGGCCUGGUUACUUUCAUGCAAAAAUAGAAGGAAAAAAAAGAACCAAAAGCAAUACCUGGCAGUUUUGAUUCUCUUCAUUAUAUACUUGUUGUACCUGGCAAUUUGAAAUCUUAGUGACAGCCCUGUAAGUUUUUAUUUGCAGAAUUGUGGUUUGAAUAAAAAAUUCCUUCCUAUUGGAGGUAUAACGAUUGAUAUAUUGAUAAAAAAAAAAUGUUAUGAAAAUGCAUGUGAUCCUAGAGCAUCAUACUUUUCCAAUGAAAGUGACAUAUCCAUCGUAGAGAGUUAAACCUUUAACCCUUUCACUGCCAGAGCGCUUGGUGGAGUUUGGUGAGAUGAGGCUAACUUUUGAGUCUGUGGACAAAAUCGUCUGAUGUGACCAUUCAAAUGAAAGCUCUCUGCCUGUACUGUCACAUUCUGCUAUUUAAUGUUUUUCAAAAUGUUACAAAAUGAAAUUUCCAGACUUGGUCGAAAUUUGCCUUUGGCUACAUUUGACAGUGAAAGGGUUAAACUCUAUAAAGAGUGAUCAGUGUGAGAAAUUUCUCCUUUUCACACCUGUGCUACUGUAUUUCAAACAGAGUGGUUAUAAGAAUAGGCCUCUUUCAACAUAUUAAAAUUCAGCAUGAUGGCAUGUCCUAGGACACAAACAAAGAAAAUGAACAAACAUGUUUAUCAUUUUCUUUUUUUUGUCCCCUAAUAUAAGACUCGCUAUCAUACUGAAUUUUUAUUUUAUAUAUAGAAAAUGGCCUAUUAUAAGGACAUGAUCACACAAGGUGAUUUUAAUGUAUAUUAUGCCAUACUUAAUAUGGGAAAUGUAUUGGAGAAUGAAUGAGAAUUUAAGUUUUGAAAUUAGAGUUGAAGGGGUUAAUUAGUGCAGGGGAGCUGAGUUUUAUCGAUUGCCAAUUCAGCGAUGGCAUUGCAGAAGCACGUUCCCUUUACAGAUAUGAUUAUCUCAACAAUUUCAACAUUUUGUGUAUCCAAAAAACUUAUUAUUGUGUUCAGUGUGAACUGUUUUAUUAAACAUUUUUUACCUCCUUAACCUUAAUUUAGAACCAGAGAUGCGAAUGGUCAAGUGUUGGUCAAUGGUGUGGAUCGUAACUUGCGGCAAUUCCGUAAAAUGUCUUGUUACAUCAUGCAAGAUGACAUACUUCUGCCACAUCUCACUGUCUUGGAAUCCAUGAUGGUACAUAUGUAACAUCUUAACUUAAUGAUCCUUAGCCUGCACUGCAGACAGAACUAAACUUUGGUUAAGUCUGUCUGCAAAACAGCACCAAAAUCCUUGUUCUGGGCACCCAUGCACCUGUAUACCAGGAUUUGAGUUCGACUAUGAUUGGCCAGCUAAAUAUAUGCCAUUGUCAAUUUGCCAAUCGAAGAUGAAAGGAAAUUCGAAACACUUUUCAUUGAGUCUGUUGGGGGCCGGCCAGAAAAAGGAUAUUUGUGCUGUUUGUAGACGUUACUUACCAAGGUUAAAUUACGUCUCCAACUUAUGCGAUAAUUAAGAUCCUAUUAUGUAACUGCAACAAGAUCAUAAAAAAGCAAUGGCUUUAGUAGGUAAAACAUCAACUUUGCACAUGCCACACUUUUUUGUACCCUUCUUUGCCAUUUAAUAUGAUUUUUGCAUGACUAUCACUAUGACAUGCCCACUUUACGAAAGAACCCAAAUUCACUUUUAGAGUGACAUUUUCACUGCCAUCGCGUCUGUGGAAGUUAAAGUCCCUGAUAUCCAUAUUUCACCAGCCAACGAUUUACUGGUCUGAGCCAACUCCACCCCCUCCUUAUGCCCCACCCCUUACCCACUUUGGAAGCUAUAGUAAUUUUCUGGCAUGGGUGUCUUGUGAAUAAACACCAGUUUUGCAAAGAAAAGUUAACAUAAUAGUACUUCUUGCUUUUAGAAUUUACUUGACUUGAGAAUGGAGGGUUUUUUAAGCAGAUCUCUAGUAAACACUAUUGAUAGUUUCACAGUCAGAGCAGGGACACUGUCCUGUCACGAGUCUAUCAGUUUAAGUAUCUUGGCAUUAUGCUGGAUCCAUACCUCUCGUGGAAUGACCACGUUGGGUGCAAAAUAUCGGCAAAGCUCGGCAUGCUUCGUAAAGCGUGCAAGGUCAUUCUGCGUGAGUCGUGUUUAACACUUUAUAACACCAUGAUACUUGCAGUAUUUGACUAUUGUGCUGUCGUAUGGGACUCCGGCAGUAAGGCUGACCGAGCGUACUUGGAUAAGCUGCAUGGGCGAGCCGCCAGUAUUAUUGAAGGCUACGCAGUCUCACAAUCGCAGAUAUCUUGUACUUUCGGUUGGCCCACGCUCCAGUCCCGCCAGGACUAUCUAAAGUGCAUGCUAGUGAUUAAGAGCCUUCAUGGCCUGGCUCCAGCAUAUUUACUUAAUGAAUUUAGCCAUAUGCACGAUUUCCAUUCAUAUAACACACGCCAUAAAGAUUUGUUCCGUCUCGCCACUAGCUCGAACAACUAAGUACCAGGGCUCCUUUAGGUUCAGUGGAGCCAGGAUCUGGAACACUCUUCCUCUGGUCCUGAGGAGCGAGCAUGAUUUAAAUAAGUUCGGGUUUGGCCUAAAAAGGCACUUUAGAACCAAGCCAAAUUGAGCCUCCAAUACUUUUGCUAUACUUAGUUGUUCCAAUUUUUUUUUAUCUGUUAUUGUUUUUUGUGUUGUUUUUUUUCUUUUCAUCAGGGCCCCAUUCAAACCAGCCUCACUGAACUGGGCACCCCUGAAUAAAUAUUGUUCAAAAUAAAUAAAUAAAUAAGAUAUGUUUGCAUAUUUUCAUUUCAUCUUCCCUUCCAUUUCAUAAUAAUACUUCUGGGGUCCCCAGAGAAUAAAUCCUUUAAAACUUUAUUCAUUCUUUACUGCUCAUGUCAUAAACCAACCACAAUUACGUUCAGAGCUGGCAAGCAAACCUCAAGAACACAAAUUAAUUUACAGUUGCUGUUGCGGUUUUUAAUUUUCUCCCACCAGGCGUUUUCCCUACAACACAAUAAUUUCCUUUUAAAUAUUUCUGGUGUUUAUGAUGAGUGUCACCAUAUUUUUUUGGGUACACUAUUUUUUGUUUUGAAACUUAUAUUGACUGUACUCACCCUAGUGUUCUGUUUAUAGGUGUCAGCCAAUCUUCAUCUAAGGGAGUCCUUAUCACAAGAAGACAAAGAGGGAAUUGUAAGACUAAGUUAUUUUUCCCUGCUGUCUUUUGUAUUUCAGUUUGCACAGGGCUUUGAAAAAAAUUCAUGACCUCAUAAACACAUAAGUAUAGUUGGUGAACAAAACAUAGAGGCUUAAACGUUAAUUAAGUAUAUUUUUAAUGUUAAGAGAAAAGUUUUUCGUUCAAAGAUUAGCUGCUAAGAGCGACCAACAUCAAUUUUCUGGUAACAAAGUCACCAGUUUAUAAAUACUGACUUAAAACAAGCUGUACACACACUUGGCAAGAUGUGUGGUUGACUGCUCUCUCGCCUAACCACUUCACAUCAUUUUUCACUCAUUUCACCCUCAAUUUAACUUCUAGAUCCAGGAAAUCCUCCUGAACUUGGGAUUAACAGAUACCGCAAACACAAGGUUGAGUGAAAUCUCUGGUGGCCAGAGGAAGAGAUUAGCCAUAGCACUUGAACUGGUCAAUAAUCCACCCUUAAUUUUCCUUGAUGAGCCUACUAGGUAAAUAAGAAUGAUGAUAUCUCACUGAUGGAAUUAAAUCAAAUGUGCUUUAAAUUAUACCCCAUGACCCCAGUGACUGGGAAGUGAAAUGAUGAUUUUGCAUGAUUUUGGCCUAUUAAAUCCCCAAUUUGAGCUACACAGGACUAUUGAUGAUAAUCAACUACAGACACACCCCACUCAAAGAUAAUCCACACCCUUACUUUCAAGUGAAAUUUCAGCUCAUCUGUCAGUACAGCUGUACUUAUGAUAAUAUUCUCAUCACAAGGUGGAACAAAACUUUCAAUUGUCUUACACAUUCUUCUACUGCAAUGUGUUCUAGAUACGUUUUAUGUUUGUUAUCUAUUUUUAUGUUUGUAUUGUAAAUGAAGAGCCACUUAUUGGAAAUGUUACCAAUAAAUUAUUAUUGCCAUCAUUGUCAUUAUUUGUAUUAUUUAUUGAAGGGACUCACUGUUUUGGACCUGGUUUUUGUCUUUUAUUUUUCAUCAGUGGCCUCGAUAGUUCAUCAGCUUAUCAAUGCAUCAGCCUCAUGAGAACACUUGCUCACAGUGGUAGGACUGUGGUAUGCACUAUCCAUCAACCAAGUGCAAAACUCUUUGAAAUGUUUGACAAAGUAAGUAGCUCGAUCUUUACUCUGCUUACCGUAAAAUUAAAUGUUCAUGAAACUGAUUCUGAUAUUUUAUAUCCAAGUGGCAGAAAAAAAAUGUGGCUUAACUGCAGAAUACCCAGCCACUUCAAAGCUAUACCCCUAAAACAGUGGCUAGGUGGCUAUGUAGCCACGCAGCUACGUGGCGGCGCGGCUGCGUGGCUAUGCGGCCUGAUGGCUUAAAGAAAGAGGUGUAUUACUUUGUAGUCCGCUUUGUGGCUAUGUAGCCACUGAUUUUGGGGGUAUACCUUUUAUUAAAGUGGCCGGUAUUCUGCUUUUAAGCCGAAAACGUAACUGCUUUCCUUAUCCUGGUUCUUCAUUUUGUUACAGCUGUUCGUUUUAGCGGAAGGGAACUGUUUGUAUCAUGGUACUGUACAAGAUCUGUUGCCAUAUUUUUCCAGUGAGGGUUUUGUCUGUCCCAAGUACCACAAUCCAGCUGACUUCAGUAAGUACAGGAGAUCACCGAAUAAGUUUUCAGAUCGAAUCAGAAUUUUGGGCAUGUUGCCUUUUUAGGUGGUGAAAAAACCGGAGUACCCGGAUAAAAACCUUGGAGCAGAAAGGUGAAGCAACACUGUCUCGUCCCCAUUCGUCUCUUAGCCCACUCUUAAAAUUUUAGGGACUUUAACCUUUUAAGUCCCACGAUCCACAUACAAAUUCUCCAGACUGAGCCGCAUACAUUUCUUUUAAGAGUAGUUGAGAGAAUUUGGUUGAAGAUCAAAAUCUUCUUCCUUUGUUAAUCAAUUUAGUAAUUCUCAUAACCUUUACUCUUUACGAUCUGCUGAUGUUGUCAGGAGAAAAUUGAUGUUGGUCACGCUUGGUCACUCGUUGGAUCUUAAAGUCCCUAACAACGAUUGAAACGCGAUCAAGGGGAACGCAAAGGGUGAUAGAGAAAAAAGUUGCGAUAAAUAGCAAAACUUUUCAAGUCUCCGCACAACUUUUUGACUCAGGAUCUGCCAGUCGUCUUUCCACUUCGUUUUCCUCCUUCCAUCACCCUUCGCGCUCCGUCGGUCACGCUUCUCGCGUUCCGUUAUCCGCUUGCGUUCCAAAUAGCGACGAAUGGGGACGAGACAGGAACCAACGACAAACUCAAUGCAGUAGCGGAUCCAGGGGAGGGGGCCGGGGGGCCCGGGCCGGGCCUCCCCCAUAUUUUUAGACCAAAAUGAGGCCCGAAGGGAAGUCCCCCCACCUCCCUUAUGUGAUGGUCUGGAUCAGGCACUGCAAUGCCAUAUGUGGUGUGAGUGUUGUUUCCCUUCUCUGUCAGGACUAAACGUGUGGGUUUUCUCCGGGAACUCUGGUGUUUCCCUUUCCACAAAAUUGGACAUGUCCAAUUUCUGAUCGUUGGGCGUGGCUGGCGCUGGUUAGAUUUUUAUAGAGUGUGCAAGGGGAACACGCAUCCCCUUCUGCGCGCUUGUGUCCUCGAGAUUUUUCCCUUCGCCUUCGCCCUAUAAACAUAGCCUGUUUACAGACCCUCUAUUUUCUCUUAACAGAUCGUUGAGUGCGCGUAUGAUAAUAAAAAACUGCUAAACUGUCGAAUUGUCGAAAUAAGAGGAGAGAAAUGUCCAUGAACUGGUUAAAAACAUUCGGCGCUUGCUAUGCGGGCUAAUCGUUGGGUGUCAUGUGACCUCCAAAUAGGCGAUGCGAGCACGUGUCGUUGACAAAAAAAUUUCAUUCAUCUAAUUACAUAAUUUUUUUUCCCUUUUUUUGCAGUCAUUGAAGUAGCAUCAGGCGAGUACGGCGAUAACAUGAUACCGAGUCUUGUAAAGGCGUGGAAGGCUCGUGAAGAGAGCAUGACCCAGAAGAGAAGUCUCACGAAUAGCACGAGUUGUAGCUAUGAUUCCAGGAAUAUGGUGGUGUCCCUACUUCCCAACUGCAAUGUGAAAACCAGCACUGAUAGCAUAAUUGAUGCUGCUAGUCAAACAACACAGGUGAAUGGC